GCCCGACCACCUGCACCAGCUGCCCACUUUUCCCUUUCCCCCAUUCACCAUGGCCUCGCGCAUCGAAUCCCUGGCCACGACCAUCGCCGACUCGGCCCAGCAAUUACGAACCCUGCUAGCGCAGUACGAAAUUGACGAGCCCUCGUUUGCAGCCACCUGCCCUCCAUCGCUGGCGCUGCCCCCGCCCGUCGAGGCCGCGCGCAACGCCCUGCUGCACGCGGCGUGCGAGAUCCAGGAUCUGCUGCUCGACCCGGCCGAUCUGCUGCGUUCCUAUGCCAUUCACGCCCACCUCAUCGCCCUGCACUUCAUCCAACAAUUCAACAUCGCGCACCUAGUCCCUCCCACCGGCACGAUCUCCUUCGCAGCCCUAUCCGCGCAAUGCCACGUCCCUGAAGCGGACGUGCGGCGCCUCCUCCGCCACGCGAUGACGAUCCGCGUCUUCGACGAGCCCGCCGAGAACGAAGUCGCGCACACCCGCGCCAGCAUGCUGCUGCGCCAGGAAGGGAUCCACGGCUGGAUUGGCUCGACCUGCGCGAAUAGCUGGCCCGGCGCCACCAGGACGAUCGAAGCAUUGCAGCGCUUUCCCGGCUCCGAGGAGCCACAUGAGUCGGGCUUCGCGCUCGCCAACGACGGGCGCGCGCUGUACGAGGCGCUGGCGCAGUCGCCCGCCCGCGCCGCCACGUUCGCCGCCAGCAAGCGCGGCUACGCGUCGGGGGCGGCCAUGGGCCCGGCGGCGCUGGUCGCGGCCGUGCGCCCGCUGCUCGCCGCCCUGCCGGCGGACAGCGUGGUCGUGGACGUCGGCGGCGCGCAGGGCGACAUCAGCUUCGCGCUGGCAGCCGCGUUCCCGCGCCUGCGCUUUGUGGUGCAGGAUCUGCCGGGCGUGAUUGCGCGCGCGAAGGACCAGCAGCAGCAGCAGCCCCCGUCCUCAUCCCUAUCUCCAACAACGAGUGAAGGAAGAGGACGCGUCUCCUUCCAGGCGCACGACUUCUUCACCCCGCAACCGCCCACCACCCCCGCAGCGCAGAUCUACUACCUCCGUCAUAUCCUCCACAACUGGGGCGACCGCCACGCUGUCCAGAUUCUGCGGCAGCUGCGGCCGGGGCUGCAGCCCGGGGCGCGCGUGCUCAUCCACGACCACGUGCUCGAGCAGUACCCGGCGCAGGAGCCGAUGUGGAAGCGGCGGCUUACCAGCGCGAUGGAUCUGAAUAUGCUGCAGUUGCUGAAUGCGCGCGAGAGGGACGAGAUGCAGUGGCGCGCGUUGCUGCGGGAGGCGGACGAGCGGUUUCGGUGGGUGGGGGUGCGGCGGGUGGAGGGGAGCGCGUUGGCGGUGGUGGAGGUUGUUUGGGAUGAUUAG